AUGAAGUAAACAUAAAUUUUCAUUUAACAAGAUUCUUUGUUACUUAAAAUGUAAAGUUUAACUAUAUAUUUAUAUUUACAGAAUCACUGUUGAUGGUUUACUUGUAUAUUUUCCUUACGAUUACAUUUAUCCAGAACAAUAUGCUUAUAUGCUCGAGCUGAAACGAGGCCUGGAUGCUAAAGGGCACUGUUUAUUGGAAAUGCCCUCAGGCACUGGCAAAACCAUAACUCUGUUAUCAUUAAUUGUUGCAUAUAUGUUGGAAAAUCCAUUAGAUGUGACAAAAUUAAUUUAUUGUUCUCGAACUGUACCAGAAAUAGAGAAAGUUAUAGAAGAAUUAAAAAAGCUUGUAGACUAUUAUGAAAAAGAAACGGAAAGUAAGCCUAAAAUUGUUGGCUUAGUUCUUAGUUCACGGAAAAAUAUGUGUAUUCAUCCAGAGAUAAGCAGGGAACGUGAAGGCAAAAUUGUUGAUGGACGUUGUCAUUCUCUGACAGCAUCAUUCAUUCGUGAGAGACAUAAUUAUGAUGAAUCAACGCCAAUUUGUAAUUUUUAUGAAGGAUUUGACAUUGAAGGUAAAGAACAACUUAUGCCACCAGGUAUAUAUUCUAUUGAUGACUUGAAAGAAUAUGGAAGAGACCGCAAUUGGUGUCCUUAUUUUCUUGCAAGAUUUACAAUUUUACAUGCCCAGAUUAUAGUGUACAGUUAUCAUUAUUUAUUAGAUCCUAAGAUUGCAGAAACUGUGUCAAAAGAAUUAAGUAAAAGUUCUGUAGUAGUAUUUGAUGAAGCUCACAAUAUAGGAUGAGAGAGGAUGAUGUAAAUAAAUUAAAAGAGGAAUAUGAGAGAUUAGUAGAAGGAUUGAAAGAUGCACAUGUUGCACGAGAAACUGAUAUUAUAUUAGCUAAUCCUAUUUUGCCAGACGAAAUUCUACAAGAGGUGGUUCCUGGCAAUAUUAGGAACGCAGAACAUUUUGUUAGUUUUUUAAAACGAUUUGUAGAAUAUUUAAAAACGCGUUUACGCGUACAACAUGUAGUUCAAGAAUCACCUGCUGCAUUUCUGAGAGAUGUUCAAGCAAAAGUUUCAAUAGAACGUAAACCAUUAAGAUUUUGCGCCGAACGACUGGCUUCUCUCUUACGUACUAUGGAGAUAACCGACUUUACUGAUUUUUCACCGAUCAUAUUAGUGACACAUCUUGCUACAUUAGUAUCUACAUAUACGAAAGGAUUUACAAUUAUUGUAGAGCCAUUUGAUGACAAAACACCAAAUUUAAAUCCUAUUUUUCACUUCGUUUGUUUAGAUUCGUCUAUUGCAAUAAAACCUAUAUUUGAUAGAUUUCAGUCAGUAAUAAUUACUUCAGGAACAUUGUCUCCAUUAGACAUGUAUCCGAAAAUAUUAAAUUUUCAUCCAGUCAUAAUGUCAUCUUUUACUAUGACAUUAGCUAGACCUUGUCUUUUACCUAUGAUUGUAGCAAAAGGUAACGAUCAAGUCGCAAUUUCAUCAAAGUAUGAAACAAGAGAAGAUGUUGCUGUUAUAAGAAAUUAUGGUCAACUAUUAGUUGAAUUUGCAGCUACUGUUCCUGAUGGUUUAGUCUGCUUUUUUACCUCUUACUUAUACAUGGAAUCUGUUGUUGCUGCAUGGUUUGUAUUAAUUUAUCUCAUACUUAUAACAUUAUAUGCGUUAAAGUCAAUCACGACUGUCAUUUGUGUACCUUCGAAUAUGUAUGACCAAGGUGUAGUAGAUCAACUUCAAAGGCAUAAAUUAUUAUUUAUUGAAACUCAGGAUUCUGCCGAAACGAGUUUAGCUCUUAUAAAUUAUAUACGGGCAUGUGAAAAUGGAAGAGGUGCUGUUCUCCUUUCUGUAGCACGUGGUAAAGUAUCAGAAGGAGUUGAUUUUGAUCACCAUUUAGGAAGAGCUGUUUUAAUGUUUGGAAUUCCAUACGUAUAUACACAAUCGCGUAUUUUAAAAGCACGAUUAGAAUAUCUUCGUGAUCAAUUUCAAGUAGGUUUUGGAAAUUGUAAAUUUAUAAAUAUUUAUAUUAGUAUCAUUAAUAAUAUGUCCAUUAUUAGAGAAAAUGAUUUUUUAACUUUCGAUGCAAUGAGACACGCAGCACAAUGCGUUGGAAGAGCAAUUAGAGGAAAAACUGAUUAUGGUAUAAUGGUAUUUGCAGAUAAGAGAUUUUCGAGAAUGGAUAAACGAAGUAAAUUACCAAAAUGGAUACAAGAACACUUGACUGAUAGUUUAUGUAAUUUGUCAACUGAAGAAGCUGUGCAGAUAAGUAAACGUUGGUUACGACAAAUGGCUCAGCCAUUUACGCGUGAAAAUCAAUUGGGAUUGUCCUUAUUGACACGAGAACAGCUUGAAAAAGAAGAAUAUAGUAAAAUUGAACAAAAGGCGCAACAAAAUUAA